AUGCGGGAAAAGCAGCUGCAAAAGGGGAAGGGCAAGGAGCGCGCCGGCUUUCUCGGAAAUUUGCUGGUGUCCGACUUUUCUCUGCCCGCGUUCCCCUCUACGGCUGGCAAGGGGGCGGUGUCGGACGGGGAGCAGUUGGAUCUGGUUGGCGCUGAUGGCAAGAAGAAGAAGCGGCGGUUCAUAUCCUCAGUAAAAACGUCACCGCGACGACCCCAUGAUAGUCAAGAUGCGAGCUUUGGAAUUUUGGCUGUUACUUAUGCCUGACAGGUUCGGGCGCGCAGUGUGGUCGCGUUUAGCUACUGCCGCCGCGUGACAAAUCAUUCAAUCAUCUUGCUCUACAACUUCUAUCUUUCUGCGUAGCGCGACAAAUUCCAAAACACACUAAUGAAGUGCCUCUCAUGGGGCUGCGCAUGAAAAGCACUUUAGUAAAGCGUGCUGAUUUGAAAUUGCAUGCAGGCCGUGCAGGCAGGUACUUAAUACGCAUGACAAAAAAAGAAUGGUUUUACCACCACGGGACGUUUUUCCACAGGAUGGUUCAUCUGGGACAUGCCUCCGUUGCCCGAGGGCCUUGACGCGGAGGAAAUUUACCAGCUCGAGCGCGAGUUCGCAGUCCAGUUGGUCGGCGCCGCGACGUUCAAGGCUAUGGUGGAGGUGGACCCGAUAUCAAAUGCAAAAAUGUCUGGGUCUGGAAAAGUGGAACUUGUAAUGCGUGUCUUGCGUUCGUGGAAAAUCUGUGUUGCAUGAGCAGCAAAAGAGGGGCUUCCUUCGUCAUGCAAAAACGCAAUGUGUAAUGCGUGCUAGGCAUCAACAGGCGUCUGAAAAACUUGUGAUGCUUGGCUGCCAUUGCACGCACUUGAAUCAUGCGCAACUCAGCAUCACAGGUUUCCAGACCCAGACACUUUUGCAUUUGAUACCCGAACCACGCUCGGUCGGACCGCGCACGCAAAUUCGCGGAGAAGCGGAUCAUCGCGGCGCUGAAGCGCGGUGAUCGGCCGGCGACUAUUGAAAGGAAAAACUCCCCCUUCCUCAUAUCGAAAACGAAAUUUGUGAUGCUGUAUUUGAGUACACAAGUCGACUUGUAUUGCUAGAAGGAAAAGAGGCGCAGUUCGUUGCGGCCUCGUUUGCAGGCAACUUGUCAUGCUGUUUCCCGUUUGUUCCAAUUGCUUCGUGUCACGCUGAAGACGCAAGACUUUCUGUUUCUCACGCGGCCAGGCAGCACUACAAUCCGCAUCUGUUCAAAGCUGAUUUGUGAGUACAUCACAGAUUGUUUCCGUUUUGAUAUAUGAAAAGGGGGGAUUUUUCCUUUCGAUAGCGACGAGCCAGCAGGAGGCCGACAAAAAGGCGUUCGACGACCAGGUGCGCGCACUGGAAGCAAAGGGAAAGGGCGGCGGGAAAGGCAUGAUCACGCUGCCCGGCCGGAAGCGGGCCUACCGCCGCUUGUCGUCCCUGACCGCGGAGGAGAUGCAGGCGGCCCAGCGGGGCGACCGCAGCUUUUUUCAAACGUUGCCCUCCGGCGACGUGGUGUCCGUUGCGGGGGUAUGGAUCGCAAAAGUGUCUGGGUCUGGAAGAGUGAUGCUGUUUUUGCAUGACGACAGAAGGUCUGGCAUGGAAGCUCUAGCAUCACAGGUUUCGAGAAGCGUUCGCAAUGCCGAAUCCGCAUGACCAAUCCCCCACUUUGGUGACAGAAAGUGGGCAACUUUUGCUGCCUAUGCGUGAGAGAUUUCCCUGUGUUCUGAAAUGCGCAUCACAAGUUUGUGUUCCUUCAGACCCAGACAUAUUUGCAAUGCAUAGGGGGACGACCGCUCCGAGUCGGACGGCGAGUCCCUGGCCUCCAGCCGGUCCAGUGCGUCCCAAGUGAGUCGCCGGAGCGGGUCCGCGCCCGCCGAGACGACCCGGAGUCGGGGCGGCACGGAAGAGGUGGUGGGCGUCGACUCCAUGGGCAAUCUCGUCUACGCGCGGGACCGCCGCGAGGCAGAGGCACGGCGGAAGUCGAAGCAAAAAAAGCGCCGGAGUGCGGGCGCGGACACGGACAUGGGGGAGCACGUCGUCAAUUACACAACCUCAAGCCCGGACAAGGAGAAGGACGCGACGACGGACCUGUAUCAAAAGUAAAAAUGUCUGGGUCUGGAAACUUGUGAUGCUGGGUGGCGUCUCAUGAUGAGGCUACAAAUGCUGGCUCAGCAUGACAAGUUUCUGAGCUCCUAGGUGUUGCCUAUUCUGCAUGACAAACUGCGCUUCUGCAUCACAGAAAAGCGGGGCUCUUGGGUAACGUGCAUGACAGAUUUAAGAGUCAUGCCAGACAAGCAUGACCAACAUGAAUUCUUCCAGACCCAGACACUUUUACAUUUGAUAACCUGGUGCUACCACCCAUGCCCGGCUUGGAGCGGAAGAAAAAAGUGGCAAGUGAACAAAAGGCAGGAGGAUCCACCUCCUCGUCGCCCACGACACGCAGCGACAAGCCGGUGCCGGACGGUCGUAUGUCGAAAGUGAUUCGCCACGAGGACGACGCUGCGGACGACGAGGACAUUGCGCAGCCCCCGCAGCUGGGGGGCCUUGGACUGGACCCGGAGGAAGUCGUGGCCAUCGUCCCGAGGUCCGCGCGCUCGCAAGUUUCGACGAGUUCGCGACGGUCCAAGCGCAGCAGCGACGGGGGCCCAAGGAGGGGCCAGUACACUCUGGACACGAUUUCCGAGAUGCCGGUCGACGAAGAGGAGGACGUAUCAAAUGUAAAAAUGUCUGGGUCUGGAAGAAUGCAACCUGUGAUGCUGCAUUUGGAUUCCAAAAAAAUCUGUAUUGCAUGAGUACCAAAGGGAAUGCAAUUUUUGCCACGCUGAGAAGGCAUUUGUCAUGCGGAAUAGGCAUCAAGAAGCCCUCAAAAAAUCUGUAUUGCUAGCGUAUGCAUCACAGACAUCAUGGCUCAUGCAAAACGUGCAUGACAAGUGUCAGAAUCUUCCAGACCCGGACAUUUUUACAGUUGAUAGGACGCGAAGUCGGAAGCGACGGUCGACGAAGACACUGCAAGUAGCCUGAGGAAGAACUACUCCGUGGUCGUCCCCACGACGACCCCCCAGUCAAGAUGGGAAUUAUAUUGCGAACCAAGUCCAAGUCCUAGACAAGACUUGUGAUAAGACUCACGCAUGAAGACAAAUGUAGUUGCUGCGCAGUGUAGUCGGACCUAGCUAGGCUCGUCCUGGAAGCAUCAUAAGUCCACUCUAUGAUUUUUGGGGUUAAAAAGUAUUCGCGCACUUUUAGAGAUUCCACCCAAAGAUGAACAUCACCACUAGGCCAGGCCUCUCGUCAACAUGGAGAGCCGCAUAGAAACAAAACAUCCACGGUACUUAUGCGCAUUUGCAUCACGACUGUAUCUAUUGGGGUGGGGUUGGGGACGUUGUCACUCAGGAUAGCGGGCUCCUUCGGAGUCUCAGACAGCGAGGAGUCGGACGUAGACGGCUUCUGGAACACGGUCACUUCGCCCUCGAAAAUGACCGCGAAACUUCGCCGAAGCAUGAGCCUCCGGAGCCAGAGCAGUGAGGAGCUCGUGCAGGAGCGGGCGCCCCCUACUUCACCAGCUGCAGGAGAAGACGAUGACAAGGCCAACGCGAACAACAUGAAAGAUGUUGACACGAAAAAAAAGAACGAGGGCAGCAGAGGAAGUGAUGAAACUUCUCCUGGCGCGCCGGGGACCACGGGGCCGAUCGGAGACAAGGACGAAAAGGCAAGUAAAGCGGAAACAGAGCAUAUUACAGUGAAAAAUGCCCCCACCCCCAAAGUUGCGAUAAUUUGUGAUGCGACGUUUCCAAAUGAAAACUUUUUGUCAUGCAUGAAAGGAGUAUGUGUAUGAAUAUGAAAAUGAUAACGAGUCUCUCUGAUGCAGAGUCUAGGCGUGUAUCGCAUCGCUUGCAUGACAAGCGCCGCACUUGCUUGGGUCCUUUGCAAUACAAAUCUUUGCUAUUCACGAUUGGAAGCCUGUGAUGCUGAUAGAUGCAAGAGGGCGAAUGUUUCAUCUGGACGAAAGGUUUGCAAUACAAAUGCUUCCAAGUUGGGGGGUGGGGGCAUUUUUCAUUGUAAUAGAGCAAACCGCCGCAGAUGAUAACUCAAAAAAAGAUGAGCAGACAAAGCCGAAAAAAAGCCUCAAAGAGAAGCUCAUUGGAGCGAAGAACUUCGCUGGCUUCUACUUGGUGAAAAUACCGGGCGUGCUAAUUGUCAAGGGGAUUCUGCAAGACGCGGGUUUGUGGCCGUCCGAUGAAGAUGCUGUCAAGAAACCAAGGAAGCUGAAAGACCUCGCGUCUCGGGAUUUGUCCCUUUCGACACUCUCACCCAGAUACUUCUUGGACCGAAUGGACACCAUGAAGCUGCUGGUUGCCCUUUGGUUUUCCUUCCGCGUCGUGUACUUUGCCAUGUUCCCGCUCAACUUCCAAUUUAUCAGCACCUUUUUCGAGCCAAUCUACAUCAAGAAUUACUGGGACUUCGACUGGGACAUCAUCCCUCCCGAAUACCUCUUCGUUCCCGAGAACUACGUCGAGGGCGACCCCAGCAAGCGCCAGACCGCCCGAGUCUACUACUUCCUUGCGUGUAUGGCCAUGAACUUCAGCGGUCUCUAUUUCCCGGUCGUGUGCGGCCUGCGCGCGAUCAUGGACUUGCUUCUGAUCACCUGCAUCGCUCAGGAAACCGGGAACGCAAACGUGGAGCUCUCCGGCUACAAGCGCAAGUUCUCCAGUCUAACCUAUCAGACGGAAAUAAAAGCGCCUCACGUCGUCCAGAAGUGCGGAACAACGGUUGUGCAAAAAUAAAGAAUCAAUCAUCUACGUGACCCCUGCACCUCUUUCGUCGCAGAAAUGACGCGCGCUGUGCCACUUUGCAAGAACUACACAGACUUUCAUCAAUAUCAAUCCAGGAAUUACAAUUUGUCUAUGAUAUUAGACAAAUAACUGCAACAUGCAAGUCAGCGUUUCCAUUUUAGAAGAGAAGCGUUGCGAAAAUACGAAAAGAUUGCCUUUCCAUUUCUAGGGGCGCUUUUCAUUUCGAUAUAAAAGACGCGAAACGCGCAGAGCGCGAGGGAAAAUCAGCGGAAGCAAAUGAGGACGAGGAAGUAUGGCAGGAAAAUGACUGAUACCUCGCAGUGUUGCUAACCCUAAAGAAAAGCGCAGCCACUCUUCACGCGGCUUCGCACAUGCGUGCGAUUUUUGUGAUGGAAAAUAAAGUCAGUGCGCCAGCACCAGUGCCCAAAGUCACUUCAUCACAGCCCACGGAGUUAGCUGUUUUUGGUAGCGUUUUGCGAUGCCAAAAAGUAAGAACAGUCGAACCAGCAUAAGCAUUUUUUUAGCGAAUUCCCGCAACAGACUGGGGUCUUGUUUCUUACUAGAGGUAAUACUAAUUAAAUGGAGCCUGCGAAUAAAAUCAUUUUUCUACCUUCCUUCCUUCCAUACUAGGACGACAAGAAAGGUGGCGGCCUGUCUUCUGACGAAAGCGAGAACGAGAUAGAAAAAGAAAAUGCGAAGAAAAGCAAACAAAUGGAAAUCCUUGCUGCGGGAGAGCAGAAGCCGUUCAAGGACAGAGCAAAAGAGGCACUGAAGAGGACGCUCCAGACUACGAAGAAACUCUCUCGGAAGUACAUGAAGCUCUUUCUGAAGUACUCCAAACUAGCUGCGCGCACUCUCCAAGAGUACAAGGACUUUGCCGGUGAGAAGUUUUCGUCAACGGCUGUACACUACGUCAAAAAGUUUGUGAUCCGUGGGUCCGACGAACAGGAGAAGCGGUCCGUGCCCAAGGUUGUGUCUGAGACGGACAAGAUCGCCCGCAUCCCCCUCUACUUGGGCGACUACCGCGUGUACCGCUCCCUGAUGGUGAUGGCCACCGUGUCCUGCUUUGUCUUCCUGCUGAUGACCAUGUUCGCCUUUUUAUCCUAUGUAAAAACGUCCCCACGACCCCAUAGUCGAGAUGGGAAAUCUGCUAGACAAGUCAGCAUGCUUUGGCUGUUGCGCAUGACAAGUGUGGCGUCGUAGUGUCAUCCGGUUUUAGCUAGUUCAGCAGCGUCACAGAUCUAGCACAUCAUACUGAUUGGAGCGUCGCAAAGUCCGAAAAAUGACUAGGAAAUGCUUCUCAUGGGGCUCCGCAUGAGAAGCAUUUUCAGCAUGCAGAGUUGCAUUACAACUAUGGGGUCGUGCGGACAUUUCUACAUAGGAUAGUUUUCCUACUCUUCGACCCCGGAGCAGCGGGCCCGGGCCCCGCCGAUGGAGCGACUGGUCUUCGCCGCGGCCUUUGCACAUUUGUUCGCCAAAGGGGUGAAGACGCGACUCGAGUGGAGCCAGCAGUGGGUGGACCCGGGCGCCCGGAGGUACGCCAUAAAGGUACCGGGGGAGUUCGAUAUCCUGGUGGGAUUCUUCCGCGAACGGGGCACACUGCUGUAUAAGAUCGACGUGCGCCCCUUCUACCUGGUCUGCCUCUGCCUCGGAGGCCGGGGCUUCAUCUCGGUCUGGCGGCGCCCGCUGGGCAUUCUCGACUGGAACAUGUACAGCGUGCUCAUCUUCAUCGAGCUGUUGACCGACUUCGCCAUGGCGUACGCCCUCCUGAGCUUUUACCAAAAUCUGGUGGAAACGUGGACCACCGGGAACCGGAGGUUUAUCAAGCUGCUGCACCGUGAGAAGGAGAAGGCGGAGCGCGAACGAGUGCGGCACGAGCAGCGCCUCCGAUACAAGCGGACCACGCCCGACAGCUUCCACUCCAUCUUUCGCAGCGAUCACCGGUCGGGGGCGGUUCGCUCCAUCGUCUACCGGUUCGUCGGGAUCUCCAAAGAAUUCGACAAGCAAAACCGCUACGAUUACGUCUUGGACGAGGACGAACGCGUGCAUCAACCACUGCUCCUUGAAGACGUGCAGAUAACGCGCCAGCGUGCGGAAUCGUCACCAGAGCCAAGUGAAGUUUCGCGAAAGAGCAGGCGGAGUAGAGGGAAGCUACGCUUGUGA